ACUGAACCGGCGGCGCGUGAGGCCUGGGAGGCCGCGAGACGGGCCGCGCGCCGGCGGGGGCGCCGCUCCGCAGAGCCCGUGACGGCACAGAGGGGCGGGGCCGGGGAGCGGCCGGGCCGCGGGGGGAGGGACGGCGCGCGGGACCCGGGGAAGGGCCCGGGGCCCAUCAUGGCUUCGGGCAGCGGUGGCGGCAAGAUCCGGACGCGGCGCUACCACCUGGGCGCCUCCACGCCCUACUCACGGGGCAAGCAGCAGGGAAUCAUUAGUAGAGUGACAGAGUCGGUGAAGAACAUUGUACCAGGGUGGUUACAAAAGUACUUCAAUAAAAGUGAAGAGGAGCAUGUAGAUACAAGUGAACCUAGAAACCAGGUUGAGAAUCCAUUAAGCUACCAUCAUGAUUAUACAGAGGAAGACACCACUGUGAUUGAUGGAAGAGUCACUCCUGAGUCGACCAGAAUUAUUUUGGAAGAACCAUCCACAAGUAGAUCUGCAUUAAACUUCUCGGAUGUGUUGACAAGGCCUUCUCUUCAUCGAAGUCAUCUGAAUUGCACCAUGUUGGAUUCCACAGCACCACACUGUCAACCCUCCACAUCCUCUGCUCUUGGCAUUGGCAGUUCUGGACUCUCCUUAGUUAAAGAAAUAAAAGAUUCUACCUCUCAGCAUGAUGAUGAUAACAUCUCAACUACCAGUGGCUUCUCUUCUAGAGCAUCUGAUAAAGAUAUAGCAGUUUCAAAAAAUACUGUACCACCUCUCUGGUCUGCAGAAGCAGAACGGUCUCAUUCCCUCUCACAACAUACGCCUACCAGCUCUAAAAAACCUGCAUUCAACUUAACAGCUUUUGGAGCUCUCUCCCCUUCACUUGGUAACACUUCUGUCCUUAAGACAAGCCAGCUUGGGGAUUCUCCAUUUUAUCCUGGAAAAACCACUUACGGUGGGGCAGCUGCAGCAGCAAGGCAGUCUAAAGCACGAAUUACUCCUUAUCAGAUGCCAGUAAGAAGACAAAUGAAAGCAAAGCAAGCAAAUGUGCAGUCCUAUGGAGUGACAAGUUCCACAGCACGGCGCAUCUUGCAGUCUUUGGAGAAGAUGUCAAGUCCUUUAGCGGAUGCUAAAAGGAUUCCAUCCUCUGUUUCUUCUCCACACUGUUCUCCUGUGGACAGGAGUGUGCUGGAUAUUACUGGCUUCCAUUCAAAAAGAAAACGGGUGGAAUCCCAACUCCCACCGGUUCAGAAACUUGUAACACCAAAGACCGUUUCUUUGUCAAUGAGCCGGUCCCAGUAUUUUAAACCAUCUCUGACUCCUACUGCUGAGUCAGGCAAAGCUCGACAGAGAGUAGACAUAAAGCACAAAGGAAUGAGGGAGAAAAAUCUAGCUAUAGAACUGCGAACAGAACCACCCGAAAGCAAUUCUACGUACCCCAAAUUCAGUAGUCCUGCCUCUAAUGGACUGUCUUCAGGAGGGGGAGGCGGCGGUGGCAAAAUGAGAAGAGAAAGAGGCCUACACUAUAUAUCAAAACCUGGACAAGAACAGGAGGUAGAGGAGCCAGUACUUCCAAAAAUAUCUUUACCCAUCAGUACUAUGUCAUUGCCUCAGUUCAGCUUUGGUUCCCUUGCUGCUACUACUACGGUCUCAUCAUCAUCAAUCACUCCAACACAACCAGUGAUUAACAAGGUGCUGCCAGCAAGUAAUGAUAGCAGCCCUGUGUUCAGAUUUUCAUCUCCAAUUGUAAAAUCUACUGAGGCAGAAGUGCUACCUCCGUUGUCUAUUGGGUUUACAUUUAGUGUUCCUGUUGUGAAAUCAACAGAGCCUUCUGGAUCCAGUGAUAGUCCAAUGCCACAUCUGUUUAGCCCAGGUACCACCACUUUAAAUAGCACCAGCAAUAAGAAGAAAGGAAAUGAUGAAUAUGAUGGCCCCUUCAAGCCUGCAAAAGUCUUGAAAGAGGGGAGUGUGCUGGAUGUUUUGAAAGGCCCUGGAUUUACUUCUCUGAAAGCCCACUCUCUUGCAGCUGAGCAGCCAGUUACAACAAGCACAGUGGUUUAUACAAGGCCUGCAAUAAGUAGUUUUUCUGCAGGUGCUUCAGGAGCUAAAGAGACCUCUAAGCCGACUUCAUCGUAUUGGCAGUCUGACGCGUGCAACUCGUGUCUUCUACAAAACAAGACUGCAGACAACAAAUGUAUAACUUGUCCAGCUCCAACAGUGUCAGCAGUAGAUACUACUAAACAGACUGGAACUGCACCUCUAAGCAGCACUGUUAAGUCAGCUGCAUCUGCAACAGGGACACUGGGCUUCGGAGACAAAUUUAAACCAGCAGCAGGAACGUGGGAUUGUGAUACGUGUCUAGUCCAUAAUAAACCUGAUGCUACCAAAUGUGUGGCCUGUGAGACACCAAAGCCUGGAACAGGAGUCAUGCCUGUUAUGACGUUGCCAGUAGUCAUAGAAAAUGCAGUAGCAGUGACUUCCUCUUCUAGCUGCACUGAAACAACAGUCACUUUGGGGUUUGGAGACAAAUUCAAAAAGCCGAAGGGUUCUUGGGACUGUACAGUGUGCCUUGUGUCAAAUAAGGCAGAGGACAGCAAAUGCGUAGCCUGUCAGUCUGAGAAGCCAGGGGGUUCAGUGCCUGUGACCAGUAGCAGUACUUCCUCGUUCUCUGUUCCUUCUGGAGGAUUUAUGGGAUUAGAUAAAUUCAAGAAGCCGGAAGGAAGCUGGGACUGUGACAUCUGCUUGGUACAAAACAAAGCAGAGGCCACAAAGUGUGUAGCUUGUGAGAGUGCAAAACCAGGUACCAAAGCUGAGCUCAAAGGUUUUGAUACUGCAGCCGUGUCCUCAGCUGUUACUGACCCAUCAUUUACAUUUGGUAUUCAGACGUCGUCCUCAGAGUCUUUGCAGACGUUAGGAAGCACAGGAGGUUUUAAGCUCGGAGAGCAGGGGGGUUUCAAGUUUGGCAUUGCAUCAGAAGUGGGAUCCUCAAGCAUUGUAACAGGGGGGUUUAAGUUUCCUAAAACUUCAGGGGACUUCACAUUUGGAGUUUCUUCUUCAGACUCUAAAUCAGAGGAGAGUAAAAAAGACAGUAAGAGUAACAACAACAAUUUUACCUUUGGACUUCCCUCGGGUACAAGCAAUCCAUCUACUUCAGCUUUUCAGUUUGGGACGUCAGCCCUGGGACAGCAGGAAAAGGACGAGCCGACCUUAGGAGGUUUCAGUUUCGGCACAAGUUCCACUGCCUCCUUAGCUCCAGCUGAGAAUAAAACUGGAGCAAGUGGCUUCGGUUUUGGAACCAAGGAGGACAAAGACGUUGCAGCAACUCCCUUUGCAUUUAAGAAAUCGGAUGAGAAAAAAGAUGAGAGUCCUUCUACAAAGGGAGGCUUCUCUUUUGGCAAUGUGGAGUCUGUACCUGCACCUGCCUCACAGUUUGUUUUGGGAAGGACAGAAGAGAAGCCAGACUCUGUCACCUCCACUGUUCCUUCAUUAGUGUUUGGGAAGAAAGUGGAGAAUGAGGAAACCAAGGCACAACCCAUGUUUUCGUUUGGAAAGUCUGAGCAAACCAAAGAAGAGAGUACAGCGAAACCCACUUUCAGUUUUAGUUUGGCAAAGCCAGCAGAGAAGGAAACUGAACAAACAAAGCCAACAUUUGCAUUUGGGGCACAAGCCAGUACUGCAGAUCAAGGAGCAGCAAAGCCAACUUUCAGUUUCUUAAGUUCUGGUUCCUCCAGUACAGCUGUACCAAGCACUUCAGCAAACAGCACCAGUGUGUUCGGAAGCUCCACCUCUGCCUCGAAUCCACCACCAGUUCCCACUCCCUUUGUGUUUGGACAAGCCAGCAACACUGUGAGCAACUCUGCUUUUGGCAGUUCUGCAGAGUCUACUGCAUCGCAGUCAUUUGGGUUCUCUCAAGAAAACAAGCCAGCAACAUCCUCCAGCACAGGGGCAGCUGUUGCUCCAUUUGUCUUUGGUUCAGGAGCUAGCAGUAACAAUACAGCAAACCCUGGUUUUGCCUUUGGAGCCACAACUACAUCAAGCUCUACAGGUUCCACCUCUUCAUUUGUAUUUGGCUCCGGGUCUUCAGCACCUGCUGCUGGUCCAGCAUUUGGUGUCAGCCAGACACCAGCAUUUGGUCAGAGUCAAGGCUCCAGCCAGCCAAAUGCUCCAACCUUUGGAUCCUUAUCAUCAACCUCUUUAUUUUCAGCUGGCUCUCAGCCUGCUGCUCCAGCCUUUGGGUCUGGAUCAAGUAGUAGUCAAGCUCCUGCAUUUGGACAGCAAGCAAAUCAACAGCCUGGCUUUGGCUCUGGUACACCCAAUUCUGGUUCGAUAUUCCAGUUUGGAAGUAAUCCUAAUUUCAACUUCGGAAAUAGCAACCCGGGAGUAUUUACCUUUGGUGCAAAUCCCAGUGCACCAGCAGCACCAGCCCAACCCUCUGGCUCUUCAGGAUUUUCAUUUAACCAGCCUCCAACUUUUACAGUGGGGAGUAAUGGGAAAAAUGUUUUCUCUGCUUCGGGAUCUUCAGUUUCUGGUCGGAAGAUAAAGACUGCGGUUAGACGUAGAAAAUAAUUGUCAAUGAUUGUUACAGACAGCAACUUUCACAACAGCUGAUGCCCUGCAUUGUUCAAUUGUUGGGAUUGUACCUCAUGCUGGGUUCAGCUGAAGUCAGAUCUGCCUACAGAAAUUUAAAACUCUGCUGUCUUUUCCCCCUAUUUAGUUUUUUGGUAAUAAGUAGAGUUGGCAACAGGGAGGUUCUCAAGCAAAACUAUUUUAGAAUCCAGCAGUUUCUUUAUUCACUGACUUGGCAUAGUCUGGCUAUAGACAUGAAUAUAGCCUGCACAGCGAAUGGCUUUGUAUAAUACCUCUUCAUCUGCACCACUAUGUGCGCUCAUCUGCGUUUACUGACGCCUCAAAAUUGUAAUUAUAUCAGUGAGGGAUUCUGUAUAGAGUAGAGAAUGUUGAUAAUGAAUGAUUUCUAUGCUGAGUUUGUGCUGGUGUAUGUGUGAAGUGAGUGAGUUGGGUGUAUUGUGCACUAAAAUUUUCUGAUAGAGGAAGACUGAUUUAAAGGAUGGUCCACGCUAAGGACUUGUUAGACCUGUAGUUCUCCAUUUAAUAAUUAUACGCUAUUUCUAUUCUUUCAUUCUUACAGCCCUUUAUCACCUGUCUCGCCUUUUUGUUAUUUUAUUAUGGAACAUGUGUAAAUACAAUUUUGUUUCUCUAUGUACUUUUUUGGCAUAACAAAUCUGUGAACUUGAAAUUUUAAUUUUGUGUGUUAUGGCAAUUUUUGUUUAGUAUUGUCUCAAAUUUUAUUAUGUAAAUUCCAUUAUUCAAAGUUGCCUAAAUCCAUUUAGAAAAUCUUUAAAAUUGGGAAUUCUUAAAGUGAGUUUAUUGGCUUUUCUGAUCCAUUUUUGUUUGGACCAAAAACCAGUAUUGUACAAAGUAUUAAGUAUAUAUUUUUAUAUUUACUGAAAUGGACUGUGGUGACUUUGGAUAAUAAGGAAAAGUUUAAUAUUAAAGCCAUGUUUAUUACAGUAUAAUUAACAUGUUAAACCAUGGGAUAAAUGCCAUCAAUAAAAAUUAUGAAAUAUU